ACUUAUAACCUAUGAUAAUAAUAAAUGUAUCUCAAGCAGCAAAUCAGCAUAUUAGAAUGAAAACAAUUAUUUUAAAUUGUAACAAUACUUCACAAUAAUACUGUUUUUACUGUAUUUUUGAUCAAAUAAAUGCAGCCUUGGUGAGUAUAUGAAACAGGGUUGCCAGGUCUGUGUACCAAAACUAGCCUAACGGUUAAUCGAAAGUAACCCAAUGACCAAAUUCCAAAUAUCAAAACUCAAAAUAUGCAAUUCCCAUUCCUAACAUAUAUAUUUCACAGUCGCUGUUGAAAACCAAUAUAUCGUAGUGAUUAUAAACAAAGCUCAAGGCUUCUUACCAGUGGCCCUCCUUCAUAAAACUUUACAUCUACCGCAGUUUUAUCACUGCUAUAAUAUAUUUUCUUACAAGCAUUUCAGUCAAAUAUAAUUAAAGCAAUAUGUCAAAUAAUUAACCUGCUGGGGAAAAAAUCAACCCGAGGCAACAGUUUAAAAGUAGCUCAAUUCCGCGGGAAAACCGCAGACUUGGCAACCCUGCUAAGUGAUUGUAAUAUUUUUUUCUGACUGACAUAUUCAAAUCACAUUUUUAUCAGACUCUCUCUCUAUUCCUUUUCUCUAGAAAACUAUUUAUACCAUGGUUAAUCAACCUUACAUCUUUGAUUUCCUGGCAAAGUACUGCAUCCUAAGCCAGGAGAAACUGUCUGUGUACAAAAGAGCUUUUGAGGCCGCUGAUAGUGAUGGAGAUGGUUAUCUGAGUUGUCUCCAAGUGCUGCUGGCACUGAAAGAGAUCAUUCCUCCAGAACUUCUGACUGAAGAAGAGGAAAUAUAUGUGUACAGGAUUCUGGAGCUGGUUGAUUUCAGAGUGACAGAAGGCCUUACGGAUCUGCGCUUGUUUGCUGUAGUGGCCAGUUUGGCCCAGAAAAUAGCCACACUCGAUGAUUUCAUGCGCUCCCUCAUCAGCGAGAUGGAUUUCAAAUCUCUGGAGAUGAAGCUUUAUAAAGCCAAGCAGUUGUUCCUGUUCUUGCUGGAGGCCCAAACAGGGAGCGCUGUGGUGCCUGAGGGCUGCAUUGGGGCAGAACAACUCCUGGUGGAGCUCAAGGCAGGGGGCAUCAGGCCUGAGCACGAGGCGUCGGUGAGACGGGAACUUCGCAAUUUGCGCUCCCUCGAUAUUCUUGACUUCCUCGCUCACCUGCCUCUCUUCAUCCUCAUUCAUAACUCGGUCAUCGCCAACCCCUUCGAUGACUCCAGCAACCUGUGAUGGUAUCAACAACAAUGGUUUGGCACCAUAGUUAGGCCAUAUUAACACCAAAAUGAAUCCACCUUAAUUUACCCGUAAGAGUAGGUGCGGACAUUUGUAAAUUUUAUGGGUUUGGCUUCCAGUCUGAUUCGCGUCCAGCCAUUUUUAGCUUGUUUUGCUGUUGCAAUUUGAUAUUGAAAAUUGGUGUGUCUUGCCAUAUUAUUUUAAUGUAUUAUUUUAACUUUUGCCAUUUACUGCAUGUUGUUAUUCUUCUCAUCAUUUCACUAUAGUGGCUAAUAAACCGGAAGACUCGCCCAUAGGCUUACCUCCCUGUUAAAAAAAUAAGGUGGAUACAUAUAUUACAUACACAUGUAUGAAAAAAAGUUUGGGGCGUGUAGGAUUUUUAGUGUUUUUUAAAAUGCUUUUGAAAUGUUUUUGAAAUGUUUUUAACGUUUUUGGUUUUGCUCACCAAGGCUGCAUUUAUUUGAUCAAAAAUAAAUCUAUAAAAAUAAAAAUAAAAAUAAAAAAUAUAGUAAAAUAGUGUUUUCUAUUUUAAUAUAUUUUAAAAAGUAAUUUAUUCCUGUGAUGGCAAAGCUGAAUUUUCAGAAGCCAACCAUUACUCCAGUCUUCAGUUUCACAUGAUCCUUCAAAAAUCAUUCUAAUAUGCUGAUGACAAAAAUAUAUAUAUAUAUAGUUUUUUCAAGAUUUGAUGAAUAGGAAGUUCAAAAGAAAAUUCUAUGUUUUUUUUAUAAAAUCUUAUAAAAAUCUUUUGUGACAUUAUAAUUAGUUUACUGUCACUUUGAUAUUAAUCUGUUUUUAUUUUAUUUUAAUUUUUUUUUAAAAAUUAAAUCUUACUGACCCCAAACUGUGCAACAGUAGUAUAUAUCAGAAUAGUAUAUAAUUAUAAUUAUAAUAUUAAUUAUAUUACUUAUUAUAGGCAAUAUAUUUUAUACAUUUCAUUUCAUACAUUAUUAUAUUAUAAUAUAUUAUAUUAUAUUAUAUUAUUAUUUAAUGGAGUGAAUACAGGUGGGCCAACUGGAGCUUAAUCAUAUUUUUUUAUAUUUUGUAUCCUGUUUCAUUGCAAAAAAUAAUUACUAAAUAUAGAAGUACAAAUACAUAAAUACUUAUACAAAUUAUUAUGUUUAAGUGUCCCAUUUAAUCUGAACUCUUCUGAAAGUGUUGAAUGCUCAAACCUGCACAAAAAUGAAUUACAACAAUGCCUUGUUAAUUAUAAUUUCAGCAUUCAUGUCAAUAACUAACUAAAAAAAGGGGUAAACACUGACUAACUAACAGAAUGUAAGUCAAAUUGCCAAAACCGUACUGUAUUUCAUGAAAAAAUAGGGCAUAGAUUUCAUUUACUGCACAACACUGAGCUGUCACUGCUGAACAUUAGUAGAGUGGAGAGGAGUGCUGUCUGUGGUACUGAAACACUGUUUGCAUUGCACUCUUCAGGGCCAAAGUCAACCAGCUCAUAUUUCAUGCAGGCUAGUGCCUUUAUUAAAUGUAAUUUAGCAUACAGAUAGUGAAAAGUUUGCGCAGUGUGUUCGUCAAACAUCCUAUCACUCACCAAACCUGCAGGACUCAGUAGGGGAAAGGGGAAAGAAGAGCUUUGACAAGCAUAGAGAGCACCGUCACAUUCAGACAUAACAAAAGUGAGCAUUUGUAUAAGAAAGAGGAGAAGGGAGGAAAAUGAAAAGGACCGAGGCAGCGAGAAAAACAGAGAACGACCGGUCUCAUUUAGCCUAAAGAAAUGGCCGCAGCCCUCUGUUAGACAUUGGACAGUCGUGAAAAGCUCUCUGGGCACUCAUGAGGAAGUGAGUGCUGUCUAACAGUCUGCGUCUUUAGAUUUACAAAGUCUGUUAAGAAGAAGUUGAGAGGCAGGGAUGGCAGCACUUUCAAAGCGAAUGAAAAGAGGCUGGAGAGGAGUGAUAACAAGAAGUCCCCAUGAAUUUCAACAGGGAGAACAUCAGAGGGGCCCGGAUCACUAAUCAGUGUGGGUUACAUGCUGCCGCUCCUGUUCUAUUCAGGCGUGGCAUAAUGAGGAGGCAACAUUCUGCCACAAUGGGAUGGACACGCGGACGGGCUCCAAUGGGCUGUGCGCACAACUACACACACCGCAUUGCUCGCUACCGUUCCCUUGGACACAGUUCAGACCGAGCAUGAAUAGUUUGUAAAGGGAAUUGGUGGCUUGUAUUUUCAGGUUAGCAAUGAACCACAUUCACAAUUGUUCAAUGGAAACGUUUCAGCAUGAAAUUCACAUUGCUUUCUGUGGAGAUUGUGUUAAAAAACAGAGAAAAAAAGAAGUUGUGCAAAGAUUUUGCUAUUGAAGUAUGUUUUACAAGAAAAUACUAGAGUUGUCAAAAUGAUUAAUCACGAUUAAUCGCAUCUUAAAAUUCUUACAUAUAGAAAUAUAUGUGUGUGUGUAUUUAUAUAUACAUAUAAAUAUACACAGUACACACACACAUAUAUAUACAUAUAUAUUAUGUAAACACAAACUUUUAUUUUGGAUACGAUUAUUGGAUUUGACAGCACUAAAAAAUACUAUUUCAGUUUUUCUACUUCAAAAUUUCAUGUUCAAUUUAAUGUGCAUUUGUGAUUGUGAAAUUUCCAGCAAUUUCUGAGGGAAAAUUGUUUCUGCGCCAAUUUUUGUUCUGUGCCGUAAUGAUUUCUGCAAUGUCUCUUGGCUUAUUGGAGGAAAGCCACAGAUCUGAACGUGAUAUUACAUUUUCUACAGCCUAAUCUUUUACCGGCAGACACAAGAGGCCAGAAAAUCAAGUGGAAAAUGUGCUUUAUCCAUCUGAGAGAUCCUGUUUUAUUGAUUUUUUUCAGGAUUUAGAGCAAAAAACAGCCCUGCCUCUUUUUCCCAAAUUAAUUUCACACCAGAUAAAUAUGAAGCUCUGGCUAUUGAAAUGUAACUGACAAAUGGGUCCAGCGCCUUACAAUAAGAUGGUGCUUGGUCAAGCGUCUGAUGGAUAAGCGCAAAAAAUUGAUUUCCCGAGCUAGUCGACAGUUCAGACCCUUCCAAUUUGGAUGGUGGUUUAACAUGUCAUAGAAGUUGGGUCACAGUGAAUCACACAGUCGCAGGGAAUUCUGGGACACCGGAGUGUAUACUGGAUGUUUUCACAGCAAUUACACUGAGGAAACAUUUUGGGUUCCACAAGUUCCACAGUUCCAGUUUAUCUUUCUAAGUGUUAGAAAAAUGAAAAUUCUGUCAUUAAUUACACUGUAAAAAAAAUGAUGUGAGUUUAACGGUAAAAGACUGUAAAAAUGCUAUAGUACAAUCCUGUUAACGGUAAAUCCCCCUACUAUAUAUGGUGAAAAACUGUAUUGGACAUUGCAUGUAAUUUUCCGGUAGUAUACCGUUUUUUGAAGUGGAAAAAGACAACAUUUACAGUGAAUAACCAUAAAUUUACCUUCCUAGAAUUCCCUGCGUUUUAUGUUUUUUUGUUAAAAUAACUAUGUUGCUUCUUUUUUUCUUAUCAGUUUUAUACAUUAGAGUUGUAUGUUGCAUCUAAUGUUGUUAAAUUAAUGUUUAUUGCAUUAUUUCAGUUUGAUGUGUGUUGCCAUGAUGAUGUUUAGUGUUCGCGUGAAUGACACUGUGCACCUUCUAUAGUACAAGUUAGUAUUUAAAAGCUGCUUGUGAUAUGCUUUGUUUUAUCAUGUGACUUUCUCAUCACCACCUGCUUUUGGUGGUUUUCGGUGUAUUACAAUGGUACAAAACAGAUUUCAAUACUUCAAUAUGUUGGUUAAUAUUACAUCAGUUAAGGAAAAUUAAAACCGUAAAACCUAAAACAUUGCUACCGUAUUUUUUACAGUAAAAUUCCGCUUUUUUUUGUUUUGUUUUUUUUUUUACAGUGUACUCACCCUCAUGUCGUUCCAAACUUGUAAGACAUUAGUUCAUCUUCGGAACUCAAAUUAAGAUAUUUUUGAUGAAAUCUGAGAGCUUUCUGACCCUGCAUAGAUAGCAAGGGUCCUACCACAUUCAAGGCCCAAGAAGAUACCAAGAACACUGACAAAAUAGUCCAUGUGACAUCAAAGGUUCAACUGUAAUUUUACUUUUUGAAUGCAAAAAAAAAAAAAAAAAA